AUGACUGUGUACAUUGUAAACACUUUACAUUAUUGCAAAUUGUUAAUGUUAAUUGGUGACAUUUGUAUGCAGAUAAUUGUCUUGGUGUUAGCUGUACUAAUAACGACCUGCGAUGGUUGGUGGAAUGGUAAAACAAGGGGUUAUAAAUGCAAUGAACCCUCUGGAGGAGAGCCUUACUAUUUUGGAACAACAGCUUUAUCCUGCAUGGGAAAACGAAAGGCACCAUCAAGAAGCACUAGAUCUCAUAAACACAGGUGGAUUCUAUACAAGGGAUAUUACUUUGAAAGAUUGAACAAGAACGAUGUUUAUAAUCGUGGAUUCUCUACGAACUCUGACAAGUGUUCAACCAGGCGUGAAAGUAGACCAGCUGGAUAUAGUUCUCUAAGCGUUGAUUGUAUCAUGAAAUGUACAAAUAGUUAUGAAAGAAAAUACGGAUCAUAUAGAAGAGGAGUAAACGAUGGGCGUCAUUUUGCAAACCGUCUCUCAGAUAUAUUGUGUACGAGCACAACAUGCCCUUCAUGGUGUUAAAUUAUGAUCUGGCUUGAACAAUUUUUUACACUUGUCCUGUAUUUUCUAUGAAAGUACAGAUGCAUAUUAUGUAUGUUGAUAAUAUAUAUGAAAACACGAAUUUGAAUAAAGAUAGUUUUAUUUUA